AUGACAGCCGGCAUCAAUGGCAAUGGCGGCCAUGAAGCCCUGCAUGCUCGCAAUCUCUCUCUCACCGGUCUUUCCCUGACCGAGUACAGCGCGAAUCCCUCGCCGCCCUCCGAAGACCACGACGACAAAAUCAGAGCCACCAUCCCCGCCGACUUCAUCCUGCCCAAUGGCCGUCCAGACUACCUGCGGCUCAUUCUUGGUUCUAGAGUUUACGAGGCCUGCAACGAGACAGCUCUUACACACGCCGCCAAUCUCUCGAAUCGUCUCGAGUGUCGAGUCCUGCUCAAGCGCGAGGACGAGCAGCCAGUCUUCAGCUUCAAGCUGCGGGGCGCCUAUAACAAGAUGGCCCAUCUUGAUCGUCAUCAGAGCUGGAAGGGAGUCGUCGCCUGCUCCGCCGGCAAUCAUGCCCAGGGUGUGGCCUACUCAGCUCGCCAGCUAAAAAUCCCUGCUACCAUCGUGAUGCCUCAGGGCACCCCAAGCAUCAAGCACCGGAAUGUCUCGCGACUUGGCGGUUGCGUUGUCUUGCACGGAGCAGAUUUUGAUGCUGCUAAGGAGGAAUGUGCUCGGUUGGAGAAAGCACAUGGGCUGAUCAACAUUCCACCUUUUGACGAUCCCUACGUCAUUGCUGGCCAGGGCACUAUUGGAAUGGAGCUGCUGAGGCAAACAAACAUUCAGAAGCUGGAAGCCAUCUUCUGCUGCGUAGGCGGUGGUGGCCUCAUUGCUGGCAUUGGUGUCUAUGUUAAGCGUAUCGCUCCACACGUCAAGAUCAUUGGCGUGGAAACCGAGGAUGCCAACGCCAUGGUUCAAUCGCUACGGGAAGGCAGACGAGUCGUACUCAAGGACGUGGGACUCUUUGCUGAUGGCGCUGCAGUCAAGACCGUUGGAGAAGAGACUUUCCGCAUCUGUCAGGAAGUGGUUGAUGAAGUGAUCCUUGUCAACACUGAUGAGACAUGUGCCGCCAUCAAGGACGUCUUUGAGGACACACGUUCUAUUGUUGAGCCUGCCGGAGCUCUCGCAUUGGCCGGUCUCAAGAAAUACGUCGCAGCACACCCAUCCAGCGAUGUGAACAGGUCUCUUGUUGCCAUUGCUAGCGGUGCCAACAUGAACUUCGAUCGCCUCCGGUUUGUGGCCGAACGCGCAGCGCUUGGUGAGGGCAAAGAGGCACUAUUAUGCGUUAGCAUCCCAGAGCGACCUGGGAGCUUCGCAGAGCUCAUCAGCUACAUUAUGCCGCAUGCUGUGACCGAGUUCUCCUAUCGCUAUGCCACUGACCAGGUAGCCAACGUUCUGGUGGGCAUAUCACUGACGUCGAGUGUAGCGGAGAGGUCCAACGAGCUCCGGUCGCUCAUGGGGCGCAUCGAGGGCGCUGGCAUGCAAGUCACUGAUCUUUCUGGUGAUGAGCUGGCCAAAUCACAUGUGCGCUAUCUCGUCGGAGGUCGAUCGAGUGUGGCAGAUGAGCGCCUAUAUAUGUUCAACUUCCCUGAGCGGCCUGGAGCACUUGAGAAGUUCCUAGGGAUGCUUCGAUUACGGUUUAACAUCAGCCUCUUCCAAUACCGCAACGGGGGUAGUGAUGUUGGCAAGGUCCUCACAGGCAUCCGUUGUCCCGAUGCUGACCUUGGGGAGCUGACAAGAUCGCUCAACGAGAUUGGCUACCCCUGGGAGGACUGCACACACAGUCCCGUUUUCAAGACAUUCCUGCGGAGCUGA